GGUUCAACGUGGAGACAGUGGAGUACAAGAACAUUUGCUUCACUGUCUGGGACGUGGGUGGCCAGGACAAAAUCCGGCCCCUCUGGAGGCACUACUUCCAGAACACACAGGGUCUCAUCUUCGUGGCUCACCGAGAGCCAGCACCCAGCUCGGUGUCCCUGCUCCCUCCGCAGCUGCAGGAGGACGAGCUGCGGGACGCCGUCUUGCUGGUGUUUGCCAACAAGCAGGACAUGCCCAACGCCAUGGCUGUGAGUGAGCUGACCGACAAGCUGGGGCUGCAGGCGCUGCGCAGCAGGACCUGGUACGUGCAGGCCACGUGUGCGACCCAGGGCACGGGGCUCUACGACGGGCUGGACUGGCUCUCGCACGAGCUCUCCAAGCGCUAG